GUUGUCGGAGGCUGCGGGAGUGAACCAUCUGUAAGCAGAGUGAGCGCAUAGUGCUGCGGGCUCUUAGGGUACAAUAUCUCAUAUAUUAAAAGUGCGAUAUUAAUUUGGGGGUUGAGUUGAGUCGGGAAUCGUUUAGCGCCUCUCAGUUUGGAUAUCGCGUGAAGUGGAAACAAGGCAGGCGAAUUGUUUCAAUUGCCGUUGGUUCAGUUAAUUUUUUACCAUAUUGAACGGGAUUCGCUAUUUCCUGGCAUGCAUUGCUUCUUGUUCACGGCGAAAUUAAUUACGCUAGUAUAACGUGUUCGUUUUCGCGUUUCCCUGAUCAAAGAAAACCUUCAUCGGGCUAGGCUAAAUGAAGAAUUUUCCAAAAUGGCUGCCAGUAGUGACAAGUGCCUCUCGUGAAAACUCUGCUCCCCAUUUGAACUAACAGCCGCUGCAACUUGAAUUUACAUAAAUUUCCGCCGCGAUAGAAUAAAUCGCUGCCGGACUAAUUAAUUCUGAACGCGAUCAGAAAAUCAUUUUGUCAAGUUUUUUCUCAUUCAUCCCCUCAUUGCCAGGAAUCCUUCAUGGACAUUGAACAAAUCGUCGGGAAAAUUGUGCGGUUACAGUCGGAAUAUUCGUAGUGAGUGUCGUUGAUUUAUGUGGAAUACUCCAAUAACUUUGAGGAAAUCUGUUGGUUGAAACCUAAAACAUUAUCCUUAGUAGCGGUAAUCAGGUUGUUCUGCACGGACUCGGGACAUUGCACUUUUUUAAACGAAGGAGUUUGUGAGUUGUCUUCAAAAAAAAAAAGCUGGGCUACCGUUAUAUUUGACCUGCAGAACCAAUGCUGUCACGAUAGCAUCCGCGGCUUUUCCAUUUUCCUAUAUGUGGUAGCGGCAGCGGUUGCAAGGAGGCAGCAUCGUGAGUAAGACCACCAUAACCAGCGUACUUCCCCACAGGAGCUGCAUUUCAUCCGCUCGUCCGGCAUUGAGACAAGCGUUGAAAAAUGAACGAAUUGGAUAGUUUACGACAGGAAGCUGAAACAUUGAAAAAUGCUAUCCGCGAUGCUCGGAAAGCAGCAUGCGAUACAAGCCUGGUGCAGGCAACAACUAACCUCGAACCAAUCGGGCGUAUUCAAAUGCGCACACGUCGAACCUUACGUGGUCAUUUAGCUAAAAUCUAUGCUAUGCAUUGGGGUAGCGAUUCGAGAAAUUUAGUAUCAGCUUCGCAAGAUGGUAAAUUAAUAGUUUGGGACUCACAUACAACAAAUAAAGUACAUGCAAUACCACUACGUUCCUCAUGGGUUAUGACCUGUGCUUACGCUCCAUCCGGAAGUUAUGUGGCAUGCGGCGGUCUGGAUAACAUAUGUUCGAUAUACAGCUUGAAAACACGAGAAGGCAAUGUUCGAGUAUCACGUGAAUUGCCUGGACACACAGGUUAUUUGUCAUGCUGUCGAUUUUUAGAUGACAAUCAGAUUGUUACAAGUUCUGGUGAUAUGACUUGUGGACUAUGGGAUAUCGAAACAGGACAACAAGUCACUUCAUUUAUAGGACACACUGGUGAUGUAAUGGCGCUGUCAUUAUCACCACAGUGUAGAGUAUUCGUAUCAGGUGCAUGUGAUGCAUCCGCGAAGUUAUGGGAUAUCCGCGAUGGACAGUGUAAACAAACAUUUCCAGGACAUGAAAGUGAUAUUAACGCAGUCACGUUCUUUCCAAAUGGUCAUGCAUUUGCUACUGGUUCAGAUGAUGCAACCUGCCGAUUAUUUGAUAUUCGUGCCGACCAAGAAUUGGCUAUGUAUUCACAUGAUAAUAUUAUUUGUGGCAUCACAUCAGUAGCAUUCUCGAAAAGUGGUCGUUUACUGCUUGCCGGUUAUGAUGAUUUCAAUUGUAACGUAUGGGAUACAAUGAAAGCAGAACGAGCUGGUAUUUUAGCUGGACAUGAUAAUCGAGUGUCUUGUUUAGGUGUUACGGAGAAUGGUAUGGCGGUAGCAACAGGAUCAUGGGAUUCAUUCUUGCGUGUGUGGAAUUAAGUUUUAGUAUCCAAACACACAAUAAAUAUUGUAUGUACUCCCAUUUAUACUUUUGUAUUUUUUAGAACAAUUAAUCAAUUUAAUUUACUUAUAAUUUAGUAUGUUGCGUUUUAUUUUGAAUCCUUUCUCAAUUUUUUCAUUCAUAAAAAAUAUAAAAUUUAUACAAUGUGAAAUAUAAAACAAACAAAAAAUAAUGGUGAUUUCCUAAGUUAAACAAACAUGUUUUGCACAAAUAUAAAAAACAACUAAACAACAAAGGUUUUUAGUUCCAUACAAUCAUUAUGCUACUGUUGUCUCUAUACAAGUUUUUCUUUUUUCCUCGAUUUUUUUGGAAAUAUUUCUACUGAAUUUCUGUUGACUUUUUCAUUUUAUAUAAUAUAUAUAUAAAGUAAGGCUACUUUUUUCCCAAUAGUCUAAUUUACAUUCGCAUUAUAUUUGCCAUCUUUUAAACACUAAAAACGGGAUAAAAUUAGAAUUGAUUUUCUAGAGAAAGAGAACAAGAAAAUUUAUUUUCUGUGGAAAGUGAGAAGAAUAAAAGUUGCUUUUCUGUGGAAAGAAAAACAUUAAAAACUCAAAACAGUAGUAAAAUUCCUUUAACUAUAUUUACGUAAGCCGAUUUUAACAAAGUUUUAUUUUACGACAAACGGCAAAAAUGGAAAUAAAGUUGGUUUAAAUAUAUUAUUUUAGAAAAACGGAGAAAAAGUUAAUAGUAAUAUAUUAAAAAUGAUAUAGGAUCGUGUUACUAAGUAAAUAAUCCAGUCGAUUGUCUAUUUUUUUUUUUUCAUAAUUUUAUCAUUGAGUGAAAGUUUCAACUCGUGGGAUCAGGAGAGAGACAUAAAAAUACAUACUAUCACCAUUUUGCGCUACAUAAACUGGAUAACUUAGAUAUUAUUCUCAAAGCAGUAGCACUAGUUUCGUAAUUUCAUUUAAAUUUAAUAGUUUUACGUUCACACUUCCCAUUUAAAGUAGAAAAAAAAGUUAUUUUCGUAUGGAAACAUGAAAUUAUUUCACGUUUUUUCUUUGUCUUUAUAUUUUACUGUUUGUCAAUGUUUGUUUUAUCUCUUUAUAUCAUCGUAUGAACACGCACAGUUAAAGAUUAAAUGUGUCUAGUUUUACUAAAACAUCUCUCGCUUAAUAGAUAGUGUCUUCUAUUUUCAUUAUUAUUUUUUAAUUUAAGUUGUUACGUUUGUCUAAAUACAACAACAAAAUCUGAAAGAAAACAUGUAUUUGUUUUUAAGUUAUAGCUUUAAGCUUUAUUAUUUUCUCCGAAUUUCGAAAAGAAAUCUCUUGAUUAUACAUCAUUUACAUUUCGAAGUUCUAUGUUUUCCCAAAGAUUAGUUCGAUAUUCAAAAUAAGUUUCAAUAUGUAAAGCAGGACAACUAUUAUAUAUUUAUAUAAAGACAAGGAUUGUGCACGCCAAACAUAUAAGAAACAAAAAAAUACAUUUGUAUCCGCGCAAAAGCUCAAAGCACUAUUUCAAGCUAAGGAAGCAACAGCGUUCAAAUCCCAGCAAAAAGUGAGUUUUGUUAUCGUCAUAUGUAAACUACAUUGCAUGAAACAAAUGAAAGGAAACAAUGGUAAUUGUGAAUGCAUUUAAUUUUAAUGUUUGUAAAUUUAUUAUUAGUUAUUAAAGAAAACAUAAAAAACCGAUAA